UGGAUUCAGAGAUGACAUCAGUGAAGCAGGAUGACUGCAGUCAAACACUGGGACUGAAUGAUAUUACAUGUGAAGAGAAGAUUGUGGAUAUAUCUAACCAAGAUGAAACUGCUGAAGUUGAUACUUUUCCUACACCUGGAGAGAAACAACAGGAAGAUCCCAAAGAUAAGAAGUUUCAUUCCUGCCCCCACUGUGGAAAACGUUUCCAAUUGAUAUCACGUUUAAAAAGACACAUUAACAUACAUACUGGAGAGAAGACUUACUCCUGUUCUUAUUGUGGGAAGAGUUUCUCUAGAUCAGAUUGCUUAAAUAAUCACCUGCGCAUACAUACGGAAGAGAAGCGUUACUCCUGUUCUGGCUGUGAGAAGGGUUUCAAUAGUUUAAGCACCCUUACAGCUCACCUGCGCACACAUACAGGAGAGAAGCCUUACUCCUGUUCUGUCUGUGGGAAGAGUUUCUCUGAAUCAAGUAACUUUAAAGCUCACCAGCGCAUACAUACAGGAGAGAGGCCUUACUCCUGUUCUGACUGUGGGAAGAGUUUCUCUACUAAAGGUAACCUUAAAUUUCACCAGCGCAGACAUACACAAAGGAUAUCUUACUCCUGUUCUGAGUGUGGAAAGAGUUUCUGGAGUGUAGGUAACCUUAAAAUUCACCAGCGCAUACAUACUGGAGAGAGGCCUUACUCCUGUUCUGAUUGUGGGAAGAGCUUCUUUAGAUUAGGUAACCUGAAUGAACACCAACGGAUACAUACUGGAGAGAAACCUUACUUCUGUUCUGACUGUGGGAAAAGUUUCUCUCAAUCAAGCAGCCUUAAUUCUCACCAACGCACACAUACUGGAGAGAAGCCUUACUCCUGUUCUGACUGUGGAAAGAGUUUCUCUCAAUCAUCUUACCUUAAAUGUCACCAGCGCAUACAUACAGGACACAAACCUUACUCCUGUUCUGACUGUGGAAAGAUUUUCUCUUUUAUAAAUAAUCUUAAAGUUCACCAACGCACACAUACUGGAGAGAAGCCUUUCACCUGUUCUGACUGUGGAAAGAGUUUCUCUCAAUCAAUCCUCCUUAAAGAUCACCAGCGCAUACAUACUGGAGAGAAGCCUCACUCAUGUUCUAAAUGUGGAAAGAGCUUCUCUAGAUUAGUUGGCCUAAAUCAUCAUCAACGCACACAUACUGGAGAGAAGCCUUACUUUUGUUCUGACUGUGGGAAGAGUUUCUCUGGAUCAAGUAACUUAAAAACUCACCAGCUCAUACAUACUGGAGAGAAGCCUUACUCCUGUUCUAAAUGUGGAAAGUGCUUCUCUAGAUUAUUUGGUCUAAAAUGUCACCAACGCACACAUACUGGAGAGAAGCCAUACCUCUGUUCUGAUUGUGGGAAGACUUUCUCUCAGAUAAGUAACCUUCAAUUUCACCAGCGCAUACACACUGGCGAGCAACCUUAGUCCUACUCUGACUGUGGGAAAUGUUUCUCUCAAUCAAAUCCUCUUAAGCUUCACCAGCGCAUAAAUACAGUAUAAAAAGAUUACACCUUUUAUGAUUGUGGGAAGAGUUUAAUUUCAUCACCAAAUCCUACAUCAAAGAUUGCACACAGGAGAGAUGCCAUGUUCUUGUUCUGUCUGUAGAAUUAGACCAAUUUAUUAGACCACUUUAGAAUUCACCAAUGCGUACAUACAGGAGAAGCCUUACUCAUGUUCUCACUGUGGAACAAGAAUCAUUCGAGUUUCCCUCAAAAUUCAUCAGCAUACAAAGUGGUGAAUAACCAUUCUUCUGAAUGUAGGAAAUACUUUUUGAUUGUCUAAACUUAAAAUCCUGUAGGUCCACUCCACUUGUGUUAUAAAAUGCUGACACAUUGAAGAAAGAGGUGUGUAGUCUGGGAUAUUUGACUGAAGGUAGAGCUGUAACAAUUCCAAAUGUUGCUGUACAAUUAAUUGGCUCCGAAAUAAUUGUGAUUAACUAUAUAAUUGUCACUUUCAGUCAAGUAAAAAAAAUUAUAACUUUGUUAACUGUUCUGUCAUGCUACUGGGUGCAUGCAGGCAUUAGAAACGUGUUUGAUGGAUGCAAACAAAAUUGUGACCAUGCUUUGACCCAUCUCGUUAACCCUUUAGACCCCAAUAUAAUUAUAGAAUGCUGCUGUAGAUUAGAGGAUUCUUAAAAUAUAUUUUUUCCAUACAUUUCAAACAAACAGAUAUAGCACAAAGACUAAGAACAAAUACAAAUGAAGUUAACUUUGUUUUAGAGAGCACAAUCUUUAAUUUGAAACCACAUCCACGUAACUUUGGAAAAUAUUUGUUUUCUCCCAUUUUGUAGACACUGAAACAUCGACCUCUCACUCUUUCUACUACUCUCCCACUGCGAGCGCAGCACCCAUUUGCCACUACACAGUUUCUCUAAUAGCCUUAGAAACUAACUUCAGCAAGCAGUUGAGGUUGUUUCUUAUGACAGAUCGCGGUAGAAACAAGAACGAACAUCCAAGUUUGCAUAACAAAACACCGCAACCAUUUUGGGAGAGAUUGAGAAAGCAAUCAUUCGAGGUAGGCACAACUAACGUGAUGGGCAGAUGCAGGACAAUAUCACGGUCAAGUGACGACGUCGUCAGUAAAGCACAAGAUUACUGGCUUCAAUCUUGGCUAGCUAGUGAAAGAAACACAUUUGCGGCCAGACAACUUAUCUAUAGUCUGACAUACGAACUGACCUAGACAACUAGUUUUCUAUUUAGCUAUUGCAGUUUGCCUAAGGGAAGAGGGGAGGAUGGUCAUUGUUAUGUGGAAGAGAGAUGUAAUUGAUCUGUAUGGAUUUUCUUUAGAAAUUACAUUAGGGAUUUAUCAGUGUUACUUUUUUUUUUGUUCUUGUGUUAAGUAAAUCCUUACUAAGAAUGACUGUGAUGCUUUUAUUGAUAGUCUUUAUUGUUGUUCACAUUGUACAUUUUUGUGAGACCAAAUUCACCUUAAACGGGAUGGGACAGAUCAAUGAUGUAGUUCAGAUAAGAUCUGUUUUCUUGUCAUUAGAUUGAAGUGCUUGUAACGUGUGAAUUAGAGAAAUUACUGUGUUGGUUAAUAAUUAUUGGCCGAUACUGAUGGCUAAUCUUAUACCACAGUUAUGCCCCAGUCUCAUGUUGAUACUGAUACCAAUGUUUUGACAUUUAUGUACUUGUGUAUCCUGACACGAAAUAGAUAAAACAUUUGAAUAUGAUGGUGCUUCUGUAGUGGAUGAAAGGAGCCAACAUUAUAUAAAUAAAAAACAGUAAAAUCAAAUGUAUUUUAUUAAACCCUUUUUUACAGCAGCAGUUGUCACAAAGUGCUUUUACAAUUGUAUUUAUUAAAUACAUUAUUUGUGGCAAAUUAUUGUGAAAACCUUUUUUAUAAUGCCACAUUUCAAAAUACAUACCAACAAACAAGCACAUAAUUAGAUUCAACUUCAUUG